GUUUUUGGUCAAAGCCCGCCAAGUGAGAGGUCUUCCCUCGUGGGAGUACGGCAGGUGCAGACUGGGCUGCUGCCAUCCGCGUCGCCGCCCUGGACUGCGCGGAGGAGGAGAACCACGAGGUGUGCCGAGCCUACAACAUCCACUUCUACCCCACCUUCCGGUAUUUCAAGGCGUUUACAAAGGACUUUACAACUGGAGAAAAUUUCAAAGGGCCCGACCGAGAGCUACAGACCGUGAGGCGGACAAUGAUCGACUUCCUGCAGAACCACACGGAUGGAGACAGGCCUCCUGCUUGCCCGCCUCUGGACCCCGUUCGGCCCAGUGACGUCCUUUCUCUCAUGGACAGCCGUGAUAGCCGUUAUGUGGCCGUCCUGUUGGAGAGCAACAGCUCCUAUGUCGGCCGUGAGGUGAUCUUAGACCUGCUUCCGUAUGAGAACAUUGUGGUGAAGAGAGUGCUGAACACAGACAAAGGCUUCCUGGAGAAACUCGGCGUUUCUUCCAUUCCCUCCUGUUACUUGAUUUACCCAAAUGGGACGCGUGGAUUAAUUAACAUCGGGAAGCCCCUCCGAUCGUUUUUUUCCUCUUAUUUGAAGUCGUUGCCGGAUGUGAGGAAAAAAUUGCUUUCGUUGCCUGAAAAACCCAACAAAGAAGAAAAUCCCGAAAUCGUGGUUUGGAGAGAAUUUGACAGGUCGAAACUCUACACCGCGGACCUGGAGUCGGGGCUGCAUUACCUCCUGAGGGUGGAGCUGGCCGCCCACAAGUCCCUGGCGGGGGCCGAGCUGCGCACGCUCAAGGACUUCGUCACUGUCCUCGCCAAGCUGUUCCCCGGCCGGGCACCGGUCAAGAAGCUGCUGGAGACGCUGCAGGAGUGGCUGGCCAACCUUCCCCUGGACAGGAUCCCCUACAACGCCGUCCUCGACCUGGUCAACAACAAGAUGAGGAUUUCUGGAAUAUUCCUUAUUAAUCAUAUAAAGUGGGUUGGAUGUCAAGGAAGCCGACCAGAGUUCAGGGGUUACACAUGUUCUCUCUGGAAAUUGUUCCACACUUUGAUCGUUGAAGCUGGGACCCAUCCAGAGGCGCUGGACGGCACAGGUUUGGAGGAUGACCCCCAAGCAGUGCUGCAGACCAUCAGGAGGUACAUUCACACCUUCUUCAGCUGUAAGGAGUGCAGUGAGCAUUUUGAGGAAAUGGCUAAAGAAUCCAUGGAUUCCGUGAAAACCGCAGACCAAGCGAUUCUCUGGCUUUGGAAAAAACACAACUUAGUCAACAACCGCCUGGCUGGCCAUCUGAGCGAGGACCCCAAGUUUCCGAAGGUUCCGUGGCCCACCCCGGACCUCUGCCCGGCCUGCCACGAGGAGAUCAAGGGCCUGCACAGCUGGAACGAGGGUCAGGUGCUCCUGUUCUUAAAGCGGCACUACAGCGGCGACAAUCUCGUGGACGCGUAUGCGGAGGACCCAGGAGACGCCAGCGAAGGAGGCGGCCCACCCCAGGGCGGGGAGCGGGAGCGAGGCCUGGCCUCCCCAGAGAAGCCUCAGGGCGAACAGCAUGCCAAGAGUCUCCGUCCACCCAGCUUGCUGCCUCCCAGACCCCGCCUGCCAGACGGGUCGCAGCUCGGCUUGGAUGGGAGACUCCAGAGCGCCAGCGGGGCUGAGGGCCGCAGGGAGGCCGAGGCGGCCGUGCCCUUUCUCGGGAUGGGCUUCUCCAGCCUGGACAUGAGCCUCUGCGUCGUGCUGUACGUAGCCUCUUCCUUGUUUCUGAUGGUGAUGUACUUCUUCUUCCGAGUGCGGUCCAAGCGAUGGAAAGUCCGACAUCACCGGCCGUCCGUGUAGACCCAGGUGGGACCACAGAAGCGCCUUUGGGAAAACAGCCCCACCAUAUCACCUGCAGCUUUAAUAAAAGAUCAGGGAUUUUAUAAACACGUCAGACCCGGUUUCACAUCCACUGGCGUCUUGGGCUCCGAGUCCUUGUCGGACACGUGGUCUUCCUGUGGAGGGCUAGCCAGCCUUCGUCGUGGGACCACCUGCUAUCCUGGCGUACUCCCUGGACGCCUUUAUAGAUCCAACAGCCGAAAGAUGUCUGUAUUUUUACUCUUCUAGGUCUAAAAAAAUGGGAGUCCCAGCCAAACGAACAGAACUUUUCCCGCCUGCCUUCAUCCUGAGUUUCUAGACGCACGUCACGUUCUGCAAGCCUGGCUCAGGAUUCCGAGAACAACCGAGCCCUUGUGUGCACUGGGAGGCCACCGGGCGAUUUCGCGCAGCCAGCCUCAGCCCAGCGGCGCCAGAGCGCGGCCCCCAGCGCACCUCACCCCCCGGCUGCGCCUCGAAGCCAGUCUGGUUCUCAGAGAUUCAUUUGUGUUUGUGCUUUUCAGCUGCUUGGUUGUUUCUGCUGAAGCGAGAGAGCAUCCCCGUGGUGCCGAAGCAGCUCAGAACCAAAGGACGACCCCUCCGUCACCUCCGUGCUCUGCAGGCCGCUUUCACUCCAGAUGCUGAGUCUGCAGCAGGAGGAAGGGGAGAGGAGGGUCUGUGGCUUUGCUGCAUUGCAAGGAACUCCACUGCUGAGCCAUGUGGGGGGCCGUGUUUGUGGGGGGUGGGGACAGGAUGGUGGCCGAGGCGGUGCCUUUGUGAAUCUGGUGGCAGGAGAGUGCUCAGUGACCACGCGCUGUCCCCAAGUGCCUGUGCCCGGCACUGAGGGCAGAGCCCCGCAGGGGAGGGUUGUGGGGUGGCCACGGCUUGGGAGCCGAGUCCCCAGGGGACCUCUCAAGGACCCCUUCAUCCUCUGUGUCCUGUGGUCCAGCAGCUGCAGGGCCUGCUGCUGAACGAAGCAGACGCUAGGACCCGAGGGCCCAGUGACGCGGCGAUGUCCGGUGGCCCCCCUGGGGUGACGUGUGCAGCGGCCAGAACCUUCAAGGCCAAACUCCAAAUUUCAUUUUCCUGAAGCUGUUUUACGAUGGGUCCUGGCACAGGGCCCUGGUCCCCCAGGCUUUGGUGAUUGAUUUUUUACCAUUUAAUGAUUUUAACACAUUAUUUGUAAAACCCAAAUCAUUUAGAGGUAAAUUUACCUCUGGAGAUGUAAACAAACAAAAUGAACAAACUGCCGUUUUCAUGGAGAUCCUUCAUGACUGUUGGUUUGUCUACAAGCUCAGAGGCGUCUGUGGGCUCCUGUCACGAGGAUGGUUGUAAAUAGUCUUUUCCACUUUGCCUAGCGUGUUCUCUGUGUUUACGAACUCCCACUGACCAUGGGCGUGUCUGUGGGGGCAGUGGGUAAGCUGUCAGGAGCUUGA